GACGUCCAAUCAGAAUGUGCAUGGUUCGUUGUUGUUGCCCGAUUUACUUCACGGCAAGUACGGCCUCGCGUACUAUUUAGCUGGGAGGCGACAUGACGCUGAACUUUCGACACUCUCCACCCCUUCACCACAUCUUAUCAUCCAUUCCUUACCGCCAAAAUGACACCUGGUUACCAGCCAUACCACACUUCGCAGCAUCGAGAUGAGUUCAAUUCGUGGGGAUUUGACGAGCCGCAGCAACAUUCAACUAACGAUGUUGACGAGAGCGCUUUCUCGAAUGCGAACGAUGCUUCACUCAGUCGUCCGUCUUUACAAGCACAGCAAUACUCUCAGAUCGGCACAAGAGGGGCGGAACUGGUGCAGUCAGCAAACCAGAACGACACUACCCUUCCUAGCAGUUCCGUGGUCAACGCAGCCGUUGAUUUACCCUCGGGGUUCGAUUUUGAUGUGGACCAAUUCCUCGCCGACUUACUGGCUAUCGACCCAGAUGAGGAAAUUUUGUCAUUUCAUCAGGAGUUCAACCCCGUUCACGAGGCAGAAGAACAUCACGCGCUGGCAUCUGGAAGCCAUUCCGUGGAGAACACACCUGACGAUCCGAGUCGUUAUUUGUAUACAUCUCAGACGACGCACUCUCCAGAUGCUGAACAAGUUUCCUCGAUACCGCAAGCCAAUUCUGCACCCAUUGCCAUUGUUUAUGGAGGCGAGGGGUCCAGAGCAUUUCUUUACGCAUGCAACUUCCCAUCAUGUGUCAAUCGACGGUUUGAAAGGCAUUGGCAAUGGGAGAGGCAUUACCAGAGGUCACACGCGAACAUUAUCUAUUGGUGUCCCAUACAACAUUGUCGCCGAAGCGCGAACAGGACCGACGUACCAUUUCGAGACAUGUUGAAAUUGCGAUCGCAUGUAUAUAAGGCGCAUCCGGGAAUGUGCGAAUCCAGAGGGGGUACAAUGGAGCUCAAAAACAAAGACACUCUUUGAUUCAGGGUGGAUUCGUGUAGAUGGUAUUGUCCACGCAUGUUAUUGACAUGUCCUGACUUCAACGGCGUCGAUGAUCG